CUGCGCUACUGUGCAUGCGACUACCGACCGUCCCACCAACUAUUUCUGAUUAGUGAUUAGUUUAUUUACCGUUGGAGUGCUUUGGCGUUACGCGUCAAUUGCGUCAUUGGUUGGUAGUUUGUACUUUAGUAUUCUCACACUCGCCCGCAGUCGGUGCUCUGUACUAGUCAUUGCUCGCCGACGGCCUUACUUCGUUUCGUCACCGCCGUCCGCUUGUCGACUGCCCGACGUUUUAUUGACGACAGACGUUUUUUCGUAGGUUAUACAGAAAACUGAAAAAUGAGCGGGGACGCUUAUUCAGAACGUACGUUCAUCAUGGUCAAGCCGGAUGGCGUUCAACGCGGCCUGGUUGGUAAGAUAAUUAAGCGCUUUGAAGAAAAAGGAUUCAAAUUGGUCGCAAUGAAGUUCAUGUGGGCAUCUGAAGAAUUGUUAUCAAAACACUACGCUGAUUUAUCAAGCAGGCCAUUUUUUCCAGGUCUUGUCAAAUACAUGGCUUCUGCACCAGUAGUGCCAAUGGUAUGGGAAGGAUUGGAUGUUGUAAAAACUGGACGUUUCAUUCUUGGCGCAACUGACCCAAAAAAUUCAAAUCCUGGUACAAUUAGAGGUGAUCUCUGUGUUCAAGUUGGCCGCAACAUAAUUCAUGGUUCAGACGCUGUAGAAUCAGCCAACAAAGAAAUUGCACUGUGGUUUUCGGAGAAGGAAGUGGUAUCAUGGUCAAGGUCUAGUGAUUCUUGGUUAUAUGGAGAAAACUAAAAUAAAAUUAUUGAUUUUUCGAGCUUAUAUAAACAGUUACUGGGUCAUUAGAUCAAUUAGUUAUAAUUUGGUAGUAGAAAUGUACUUACCUAAUUAUUAUCAAAAUUACUUAACAAUUGAUUCAAUAUGCCUUAUGCUCAUUUGCAAUUCUAUAAAAAAUGAAUUAAAUCUUUUAUUUUGAAAAUAUUAUUCUUAUAAAUAUAUUUUAUGUACAUCAAUUAAAAUUUUACAAUACUGAA